UCUUCUCUCUUCUCUCUUCUCUCUAUUAGUUUGGCUAUAUCUGUUGUGAAAUCCAUCCGAGUCUUUAUCUGCAAAAAUGUACAAUGGAAUCGGAUUACAAACAGCCCGUGGCUCGGGAACGAACGGGUACGUCCAAGCAAACAAGUUCUUCGUGAGACCCAAGACCGGCAAGGUCAUCGUCGACAACAAGGGUUUUGAGUCCGGUCAGGGCACGGCCGGGCUCACCAAGAAGCCCAACAAGGAAAUUCUUGAGCACGAUCGGAAACGCCAGAUCCAGCUCAAGCUUGUCGUCCUUGAAGACAAGUUAAUUGAUCAAGGUUUCACUGAUGCUGAGAUUGCCGAGAAGCUCGAUGAGGCUCGGAGGACUAUCGAGGCCACCUCACUCUCGGAGGAGGCUGGUGGCCCCACCACAAUUGUCAUAUCUGACAAGAAGUAA